CUUAGCACAGCUCAGCGGGAAGCCCCCGGCUCGGCGGCUCCGCCCGUCCCGGCGCUAUCCCGGGGUCCCGGGCACAAAGGACUGAUCGUCGUCCCCACCCCCAGUCUCCUCGUUGAGCUCUCGGGGUCGCGCCCCCUCCCCUCCCCCGACACCCCCCAACCCCUUUCGGAUGCACCGAUGAGAGAUACGGCGUUUGCGGGGACCGUCAUGGCAUACCACCCCUUCCACCCUCCGCGCCCAGCUGACUUCCCCAUGUCCGCCUUCCUGGCCGCAGCUCAGCCUUCCUUCUUCCCGGCGCUGGCGCUGCCGCCCGCGGCACUCGCCAAGCCCCUGCCUGACCCGGGCCUGGCCGGAGCGGCGGCGGCGGCGGCUGCCGCGGCAGCCGCGGCCGAGGCGGGGCUGCACGUCUCAGCGCUGGGCCACCACCCCCAGGCGGCCCAUCUUCGCUCUCUCAAGAGCCUGGAGCCAGAGGACGAGGUGGAGGACGACCCCAAGGUGACGCUGGAGGCCAAAGAGUUGUGGGACCAGUUCCACAAACUGGGCACCGAGAUGGUCAUUACCAAGUCCGGGAGGCGGAUGUUCCCCCCGUUCAAGGUGCGGGUCAGCGGGCUGGACAAGAAGGCCAAGUACAUUCUGCUCAUGGACAUCGUGGCCGCGGACGACUGUCGCUACAAGUUUCAUAAUUCACGCUGGAUGGUGGCGGGCAAGGCUGAUCCCGAGAUGCCCAAACGCAUGUACAUCCACCCGGAUAGCCCAGCCACUGGGGAGCAGUGGAUGGCCAAGCCAGUGGCCUUCCAUAAACUCAAGCUUACCAACAACAUAUCGGACAAGCAUGGCUUCACCAUCCUGAACUCCAUGCACAAGUAUCAACCUCGCUUCCACAUUGUGAGAGCCAACGACAUUCUGAAACUUCCCUACAGUACAUUUCGCACUUACGUGUUCCCGGAGACCGAUUUCAUCGCAGUCACCGCCUACCAGAACGACAAGAUCACGCAGCUGAAAAUAGACAACAAUCCCUUUGCAAAAGGUUUCCGAGACACAGGAAAUGGCCGGCGGGAGAAAAGGAAGCAAUUGACCCUCCCGUCCCUUCGAAUGUACGAAGAGCAAUGUAAGCCCGAGAGGGACGGGGCCGAAUCAGAUGCCUCCUCCUGCGAUCCACCUCCAGCCCGAGAGCCGCCUUCCUCCCCAGGCACGGACCCCAGCCCCCUGCGUCUGCAUCGCACUCGAGUCGACGAGAAGCUGUGCGCUGCGGACAGCGACCCGGAGCCAGAGAGACUUGGGGAUGAGCGACCUGGGGGCACAAUAGGGCGCAGCCCCGGCCUGGAGUCGGCCAGUCCCCCGCGCCUGGUUGAGUCCGAGCGUGUCCGGGAAAGGCGCAGCCCCGACCGGGGUAAAGAGCCAGGGGAAGGCGGCGGCUGCCUAGACGGCCCCUUCAGCCUGAGGGGCUUGGAGAAGGACAAGGCGGAGGGCAGGAGGAAGGAUGAGGCGCGGAAGGAGGGCAGCGAGGUCAAGGAGGCUGGCUUGGCGCCCCUCGUGGUACAAACGGACAGCGCCUCGCCUCUCAGCGCAGGCCACCUGCAGGGUCUGGCGCUGUCGGGCCACCUGCAUGGUCAGCAGUUCUUCGGACCCCUGGGCGCUGGGCAGCCGCUCUUUCUGCACCCAGGACAGUUCGCCAUGGGUCCCGGGGCCUUCUCGGCCAUGGGCAUGGGCCACCUGCUGGCCUCAGUGACUGGCGGAGGCAGCGGAGGCGGCGGCGGGGCCGGGGCGGCCACAGCAGGGCUAGACGGCGGAGCUGGUCUGGGCUCGGCGGCCGGAGCGACUGGAGCUGCUGCCCCCUUUCCUUUCCACCUCUCACAGCACAUGCUGGCAUCUCAGGGGAUCCCGAUGCCCACAUUUGGUGGGCUCUUUCCAUAUCCCUACACUUACAUGGCAGCUGCCGCAGCCGCUGCCUCAGCCUUGCCAGCCACCAGUGCUGCCGCCGCUGCCGCUGCCGCUGCGGGCUCCCUAUCCCGGAGCCCUUUCCUGGGCAGUGCCCGGCCUCGUCUUCGUUUCAGCCCUUACCAGAUCCCUGUGACCAUUCCUCCCAGCACCAACCUCCUCACCACGAGUCUGGCUCCUGAUGGCUCCAAGGCUGCUGGCAGCAGCCGGGAGCCUAGUCCCCUGCCCGAGCUGGCGUUACCUAAGGUGGGAGGUUCACACCGAGGAACCCUGUCCCCCAAAGGCGCAGCCAAAGAGGCCGCCAGCGAACUACAGAAUAUCCAGAGACUGGUGAGCGGGUUGGAGAGCCAGAGGGACCUGUCCCCGGGACGAGAGUCGCCGAAAUGAAGGAUCAGUGUCGGCUAGGCCAGCCCCCCACCUACCCCACCCCAGUCUGCCUCCCAUGCCCCAGCCCCACCCCGCCCCCACUGACCCCUGUGGCUCCAGGAUUUUGUACAGCACGGUAUGGGUAUUUAUUUAAAUAAAGGAGCGAUGGGGCAGCACCAGCCAGAGAUGGGAAAGCUAGCCAGUACAGUCUGGGCCGUGGGCACUGGAGAGACGAGCUGGGGCAUUUCAGCUCAACCCCCAACCUGCAGCGAACAUGGAUGGAAUAGACUUGGAGCCUGCCUGGGUUCAAUCCAGUAGAGCUCCUGAGUCAAUAUGGAGUCAAUCCAGAGUCUAUGUAGAGUCUUAUCCUCACAUCAGCCUUUGGGUGCUGGUUUGGGAUUAAAUAACGGGGAGUGCCCCUUCUAGGGGUGUGUUGGGAAGGGGGGAGGAAUGAAGACCCUAUAUCCCUGGGCUCCCGGAAGGCUAGAGGGGGUCACGGGAAGGUCCCCAACAUACAAAAUCCCAGGUCGGGGAGGAGUAAGAGAAUACGGAGGUUAGGAUGAUAUGGGAAUGGAGCUGGGGAUGGAGGGUAAAGACAGAGACUUCCGCGAAGGAAGGAGGAUGGAGCUGAGUUGGGGACACAGCUGCUCCUGUCUCCUCCCAUCAACCUACUCCCAGCAAAGGGCGGGACACCCCAACCUUGGGAGUCCGGGGAGGAAGCUACCACCUCCACCCCUGACUCCCGGGGGGGGAGGGAGAAGAUAUUUAUGAAAUAAAUGAUAAUUUGUGUAAAUAAGCUUUAAGGUUCCCAGAAUAUGCAAAUUGGUAUUAAUUUAUUCAAAAGUGUACAUUACCGUGUACAUAAUAUUUAGAGUUUAACUCGUGGCA